CGUCACUCAUUCUCUUUCAAACAGCGGCAACAGCGGAACGCGAGGCACGAGUUCUUUCAUUUUCGCAUAGAAAUUAAUUAAAAACAGCUAUAAAUAUGUUUGGUGGACAACAACCAAUACUCGUGUUGAGUCAAAACACAAAAAGAGAAUCGGGCCGCAAAGUGCAGUUGGAAAACAUCCAAGCCGGAAAGGCUAUUGCUGAUGUGAUACGCACAUGCUUGGGCCCCCAGGCCAUGCUAAAAAUGCUUAUGGAUCCAAUGGGCGGCAUUGUGAUGACCAACGAUGGCAAUGCGAUUUUGCGAGAGAUUACUGUGCAGCAUCCGGCAGCCAAGAGCAUGAUUGAGAUUGCACGCACACAAGACGAGGAGGUUGGCGAUGGCACCACCUCUGUCAUUGUACUGGCCGGCGAGAUGCUUGCUGCUGCCGAGCCAUUCUUGCAACAGCAAAUACAUCCGACAGUGAUCAUUCGGGCUUAUCGUGAAGCCCUCGAGGAUAUUGUUAAUCAUUUGCAGUCCGAUUUGAGUGUGCAGCUGGAUGUUAAUGAUAAGGCCAAAAUGGCUGAUGUGGUAAAGGCCUGCGUCGGCACCAAAUUCAUUGGUAAGUGGUCUGACAUGGCUGUCAAGAUUGCCUUGGAUGCUGUUGAGACUGUUACGUUGAAUGAGAAUGGACGCUUGGAGGUGGAUAUUAAGCGCUAUGCUAAGGUAGAGAAGAUUCCCGGUGGCGCUAUUGAAGAAUCAUGUGUGCUGAAGGGCGUUAUGCUUAACAAGGAUGUGACGCAUCCCAAAAUGCGUCGCUACAUUGAAAAUCCACGCAUUGUGCUGUUGGAUUGCUCGUUGGAGUACAAAAAGGGCGAGAGCCAGACAAAUGUAGAGAUCAUUGGCGAGCAGGACUUUACGCGCAUGCUGCAAAUUGAAGAGGAGUUUGUGCAGCGCGUUUGCGCUGAUAUAAUUGCAGUCAAGCCGGAUCUAGUGUUUACCGAGAAGGGUGUCUCUGAUCUGGCACAACAUUAUUUGCUUAAAGCGGGCAUCACGGCUAUCCGACGCCUACGCAAAACGGACAAUUUGCGUAUUGCACGCGCCUGCGGUGCAACCAUUGUGAAUCGCACUGAGGAGCUGACAGAAAAGGAUGUGGGCACUGGUGCCGGACUUUUCGAGAUCAAGAAAAUCGGCGACGAGUAUUUCACGUUUGUCACACAGUGCAAGGAUCCCAAGGCCUGUACCAUACUGCUGCGCGGCGCCAGUAAGGACAUCCUAAAUGAAACGGAGCGUAAUCUUCAGGAUGCCCUGCAUGUGGCACGGAAUCUUGUGCUGGAGCCACGUCUUGUGGCAGGCGGCGGCGCCGUCGAAAUGGCUGCCUCCCAGCUGUUGACACGUAAGCAGGUCAAGGGACCCUACACAGCCGUGGCUCACGCGCUGGAGAUCAUACCACGCACACUGGCCCAGAACUGCGGAGCAAAUACCAUACGUGCCCUCACCGCUCUACGUGCCAAGCACGCUUCACACACUGGCGCCGGCGUCUGUGCCUGGGGCAUUGAUGGUGAAUCUGGCGAAAUUGUCGACAUGAAUGUGAAGAACAUUUGGGAGCCGCUUGCCGUCAAGCUGCAAACCUACAAAACUGCUGUGGAGACAGCUAUUCUGCUGCUGCGCAUUGAUGAUAUUGUGUCUGGAUCAAAGAAGCGCGGCGGCAACGAACCAACCAACCCGGCAGCCAUGGCUCAGGGCCAAGAGUAGGCAAAGAACAACAAAUACAUGUGUAUUAAUAAUGCUUAAUAUCUUAAUACUUAAUUUAACACACAAACCACCAAAACAAAACACACGCACACCACACUACAAAUGUCUAACAUUUCGCCAGCUCCCUCACAUACAAAAUUAUUGUUGCAUUUGCUCUCAUUAACAGUACACAAAUAUAAACGAAAAUAAAACACGA